AUGCAAUAAUUAACUUUAAAUUAGAAGGAAAUACCAAUACAAACUUAUUAUUAAGUAAUUAGAAAGGAUCUUCAAGAUGUUAAUAGUAGAAUUAUAAAUGAGAAAAAUGAAAAUUAUUUUCGAAAUACGAAAACAUAACCAGAUCAUUCUAAUUUUCGCUUAGAUUUUACUCUCCUUGACUUUUUAUAUAAUAAGAUAUAUCCAGAAAAGCAAAAAGAAUAAAAAAAUAAUUCAUAAUAAUAACAAGAAAAUAACAUCUAUGAUUAUAAAUAAUAAUAAAAAUACAUUGACUCUAAUCAUAAAAAGAGUGAUCCAGAAAAGCCGAAAGAAUAAGAACAUAGAUCUUUAUAAGAAAUAAUAGUAAAUUACAUCUAGGAGCAUUAAUAGUAAAAAAAUUAAAAUAACAAAUAAAUUUAUUAUAAGAGAGAUAUCAAAGUAUUUGAAGAUAGUUAAAAAAUUUUAAAAGAAUAGAUAGAGGAAAUUCAAAAAAAUAAAUUUAUUGAUCAAAUUAUUUAGAUAUUUAAUAAGUUCUAUUAAGGGGAUUCAUCAUAAAUUUUAUUACAUAAUGCAAAUUGGAUCAAUAAAGAAGAUAUAAUGCUUUACAUAAAAGAAGCAGUUUUAAAAUUUAACUUAAUUCCAUAUAAAUAAACAAAUGAUAAAGACUUAAAAGUUACUUAUUUAGGGGUUUCAGGAGCAUUUGAUACAAAAUCAUUAGUUAAUGAGAAAAAUUUUUAGUCUUUUUAGAGUUUUUCUUUAGUUUAUUCAAACUAACAGAAAUUUAUCGAUAAAGACUGUCUUUAAAAUUUAAUUAGGUAAGAUUAAUACUUUGUAAAAUUGAAACUUAACAAUAACAAUAAAAUUAUAAAUGAGAUACAACUACUUUAUAGAUACUUUAUUAAAACAAAAAUUAAAAAGUUUAAGCCAAAAAUAAUUGUUUUAUUGAUAGAAAUAAAUGAUUAAUUUGAUUUUGAGAUUUUUUUCUUGUAAAAAAUUCUCUCAUAACUUGAAGGAAUUUCAUAACACUCUUUAAUUGCUAUUCCUUUAUUAAAUUAAAGUUCUCCAUUAAAUUAUGAAAAAUACUUAAAAUCAACUAUUGCUAUAGCAAACGCAUUUUUGGAUUAUAAUUAUAAAAGAAAAUGUAAAGCAUAUUAUUAAUGUGAUGAGAUGAGUGCUAAUUAAUAUCAAGAAUACAUUUAAUAUUUUGCUUAAACUUAAAAGGAGGAGCAAUUCUAUGAUCUUUAAUACUUAUCUUUGAAAGUGAGAAAAAGUUAAUAUUAAUCAAAAAGUAUGGAGAUUGAAUAAGAAUUUAAAUAAUAAGCUUAAGCUAAUUUUGUAAAUGCUUCAGAAAAUGUAAUCUAAUAAGAUAAUUAAUAAGCUAAAACUUUUGAAUUUAAUAUUAUAGGAAUAUUGAAUGAUAAAAAUCAAAUAGAAUUAACUAAAUUAUUUGAAAAAGAAUCAAAAAAUCCAAUAAACAUUUCUUAAGUUUAAUACUUUAUUUCUUAUGAUGUGGAUGUAUAAAAAGAAUAUUUUACUAUUUGUGUUGUUAAAGGGAAUUAGUUAUUUUAUGAUUAAUUCUUUUAUAAGACCGAAAGAAAAAAUUAAAUUGAUGAGUCAAUUUAUCUAAAGUUAUAUAGAUGGGAGAUUAAUAAAAAAUUAAGAAGUUCAUUUUUAUUAUAAGGCUCAUUAUUUUAUGAAUUUAAUGUGUAAUUUUCAAGAGAAGAAGAAUAAAAAUCAAAAGGUUCUAAAUUUAAGUAUUAUGUUUAAGUUUGUAAAUAUGAUUUAUUAAAUAUUGAAAAAGAACCAUCUAUUUACAAGAAUUAUAAGGAAUAGAAUAAUUAUAGUUUGAUGAAUUUUACAGUUACUUCUAUUAAAUAAAAUAAAUUCAUAGUAUUAGGAGGAACUUUUCCAUCUCUUAAUGCUGAAAAUCCUUUUGAAUUUGAUAUAGGAACAUUAUCUUUAACUGUUGAGAUUUUUGAUGUAUAGGAUUCUGCACUGAAAGUUUGGACGAAUGGAGGAAAAAUAAAAUAAUAUGAAAAUUCAAUUGCCAUUAACAUCAAUGAUACGUCUUUUCUUUACUUUGAUGCAUAAACAAAAUAUUUAGCAGCUCCUAUAACUUCAUAAAUUAAAAGAAUGACAAUAUUUGGAUAGAGAAAUGAAUUGAAAGCAGAAAAUUGUAAAUAUAUAAAUGAAUAGAAUUUCGACUUUUUCUAAAGCAAAUGUAAAUUAUUUAAAUCAAAUAAUUUGAAUUUUAAAUUAAUUAAAUAAUAAAAAAACAUCAACCAGCUUUAAUUUUAUCUGGUUGUUUAAGAAUUUGUAGCUGAUAAUUUAAAAAUAAUAAAUUAGUAAGAUAUUAUUGAUAUUUAAAAUCUUUAAAAAUAAUUAUAAUUGUUAAGCCAUAUGUUUUACUUUACUUAUGAUAUAUAUAAAUAGACAUUAGAUAUUAAAGUUGAAACUUGCCAGUUCAUAAUAGGAUAAAUAGAAAAAUAAAGUAGUCUUUAAAAAGCUUGCCUUUAUGUUAAUGUAAAAUAUUAAAUAAAUAUUUUAGUGGCUAGAAGAUAGGAAGAAUCAGUAUAUAUUUCAUUACAAUGGACAUUAAAAUUUAUAUUUAUUGUAUUUUCAGGAUAACCCUUAAAAGAAAAUGAGAAAAUUUACAUUUGAAGAUACAAAAGAAAAAGAGGAUAAUUAAGAUUUUGAUGAAGUAAUUUUCAAUGAUUUAGAAAAUGAACAACUUUGGAUAGUGAGAAAGAUUAAUCAUCAAAAUUAUAUUUCAUUAGAUUUAUUUGAAAGGUAUAUUUUAAUAUAAAUAAAUUAGUGAUUGGAUUAAUUUAUAAGAUGUUAAGGAUUCAGUUGAAGAUUCAAUAACAAAAGUGCCUAUGAAUUUUAUUUAUAGCAUUAAUUAAAUUAAUGAAGAUUUUUGUUUAAUUGGAUUAGAAGUGAAAUGGGAAUUAGAAGAUGAUUUAAGAUGUCCAUAUUUAGUUGUUUGCACUAGUACUUGUAUUUAUUAAAUUUCAAUAAAAUUGAUAAGAAAAUAAAAAUGGGAUAAUAUUUUAAAUUACAAGCCAAAUUCUUGGGAAAGAGAACCAUUAUAAUUUUAACAAUAAGCUAUUCAUAAAUAAAAAUAAGUUGAAUUUAACAUAAAUAUGUCAAUACCUGCAAUAGUAGCCAGUUUAAAAAAUGGAGACUUAUUGUUAUUUUACACAUAUUGUAAUGUUAGAAAAGAAAAUGAAAAACUCUAUGAAUUAGAAAUCUAAUAUCUGAUUUUAAGAGAUUUAAAUAAACGAUAUUAUUAUGAUGAAAAUUAAUUUGAAGAUAAAUCAAGAGAAUUUUAAUUUAAAACUAUCAAAUAUCAUUCAAUAGAAUAAGUUAAUGCGGCCAGAAUUAAUACUGUUAUUAUAGAAAACAAUGAAUUUGAAUUCUCAAUUAUUGUAGAAGAGUCUGAUUCUAAAUUGUACAAAAUUUUUUCUGGUUUUUAAUAAAAAUAAUAUAUAACAGUGAUGAAAUAAUGUAAAAUUUUAAAUGGUGUUGCACAUGGAAAGAAUUAAUGCCUUAUUAUAAACCCCAACAAUGAAUUUUAUCAAAUAGAAUGA